AUGACUUCAACAUUAUCAUCAACAGAUGCAGAUUUCGAAAAUUUUGGUCAUAAAGUUUAUUUAACUGUUAGUCGAAAUAAUAAUAAUGAAAAUGUAUUUCUUUCAUCAGCAAGUAUUGCCCUUGCUAUGGCUAUGUGUGCAACUGGUGCUCGAAAUGAAACGCUAAAUCAAAUGUUACGUAUUCUUGAUGCAUCAUCAAUAGACCAGUUAACAAAAACAGCUGAACAAAUAAUGCGUAUUUUUUCUACUGUUAAUAAUGAUACACAAGUUAAACUUAAAUUAGUUAAUCGUCUUUAUGGACAAAAAGCAUAUGAACUUCGACAAGAUUAUUUAAGUCUUGUUCAAAGUUCUUUUAAAGCUGAUAUUAAACUUGAAGAUUUUGUAAAUGAUAGUGCAGAUGUUGUUAAAACAAUCAAUGGAUGGGUUGAAGAACAAACAAAUAGUUUAAUUAAAAAUUUACUCUCGUCAAAUGAUGUAACACGUGAUACACGUUUGAUUAUUGUCAAUUGUAUUUAUUUUAAGGGUACAUGGGUAGAACAAUUCAAAGAACAUUUAACAGAUCAAAAUGCUGACUUUCAUGAAACUAAUGAUAAAAUAUCAAAAAUAAAAUUAAUGCAUCAAAAAAAAACAUUUCGUUAUGCUGAAAAUAACGAUUUAAAUGUACAAAUUGCUCAUUUACCAUAUGAAAGUGAUAAACAUGGCGUUCGAUUUGUUUUUACUGUAAUUUUACCAAAACGAGAUAUUUCAUUAGAUAUAGUUGAACAAAAAUUAGCAUCAAAACCAGAUUUAAUGAGACGCGUGUUAAGUGAUGAAGAUACAACAAAAAAAGAACUUCUUUUAUAUUUGCCAAGAUUUAAAAUGGAAGCUAAAUUUGAAUUAAAUGAUGUUCUUAUACAACUUGGAAUGAUAAAUGCAUUUGAUGGAAGCAAAGCAGAUUUUACUGGUAUGGUCAGUGAACAAGAUGAUAGAACUGGUUUAUAUAUUAGCAAGGUUAUUCAUAAAGCAUUUGUCGAUGUCAAUGAACUUGGUUCAGAAGCAGCAGCAGCCACAGCUGUUAUUAUGACCCGUUGUUGUGCAUUCAUAGUGGAGGAAGAACAGCCUAUUGAAUUCAAAGCUGACCGACCAUUUUUAUUUUUCAUUCGUGAAACUCGGCAAAAUAUUGUUUUAUUUAGUGGCAAGUUUGCUUCACCACCAACAACUUCAUAA